UCCACACGUCCCAAAGUCCUGGGAACGAGAGUUGUCAGCGGUAAUCUCUACAACUGGCUACAAGGAUCAUUUGCUCGAUCAACUGAUCAAGUUUGGAUUUUCAGUAUGGCUGAUUCUGAGACCACUCCUAUUAAUGUCAGUGAUGUCACAUGCUCUCUUUGCCUGGAGCAGUACCAAGACCCGCGAGUUCUAGCCUGCCUGCACACUUAUUGUCGGCACUGUCUGGAGAGUCUGGUAGAGCACAGCAAGGAAUGCACAGUGUCUUGCCCCCAGUGCCGGGAAAAAAUAGAGAUAAGUGUUGAAGAGGUAAAAAGUCUAAAAGUGGAUUUCAUGCUAAUUGAUUUGAUUGAAAAGAUGUCGGUGGAUCAAGAAAAUAAAGGCGACAUCUCUAUCACUUGUGAAACCUGCCAAAGUGAUGUUGCUACUGGGAGAUGCGAUGAUUGCUGCGAGUUCAUGUGUGAGUUCUGCAUCACAUGUCACAGACGACUUCUGCGAACAAAGCAGCAUAAGAUAAAAGGUAUUAAAGAAGUUAAAGGCACUUUAAGUUGCAAGUCGCACUAUUGCCCACACCACAGAGUAGAAAAGCUCACCCUGUUUUGUGACACUUGUGACGAACUGAUUUGCCGAGAUUGUGUAAUCAAAGCCCACCAAACUCACAAAUAUGACUUCACAAGCAACAUCAUUGAUCGAGAGAAAGAAUUAAUCAAGGACAAAAUUGAAGAAGUAAAAUCCAAGCAAGUGGAUUUAUCCCAAGUACAGGCUAAUGUCUUGAGUGAGAAGGCUCGAAUAGAAGCACAAAGAAAGUCGUUGACGUCAGAAAUUGAUGAAUUUAUAGAUGCCAAAGUCAGCCUUUUGGAAGAGAUGCGCUCAAAUCUAAAAGAUGAGGUCUUUUCUGAUUAUGAGAAGAGAAAUAAGCAACUUGAUUCUCAGGAAAAUCACCUCUCUAUUUUCAACUCAAACUGCAAUAGCUGUGUGAAGUUCGCAGAGCGUGUUUGUCAGGCAGGUCCAGGAAACGAAGUUGAGGUGUUAUCAUUGAAAAGGGAGGUCCUGUCACGACUAUCAGAUCUUGCAAAUACCACCAUCCAAGAUGUGCUAUUUGAAAGAAUGCUCAAUACCUUAAAGGUAGACGAGUAUUUCUGGAAAUCUGUGACCGAGAAAGCUUCUUUAAAAAGUGAGGUAAUCGUUGACCCCAAGCAGUGCGUCGUUACCAUGGGAAAAGAUUCAGAGCCUGGGAUUAUUUAUUCCACGUUUGCACAGCAGCUCAUACCAUUUUCCGUUGCUGUUAACGACAGCAAGAAGAAAUGUUAUUGUGCACAAGUGAGUGUCGAAGCUUAUGUUCGAAAGACAUCGCCCAAGCAAGAUAAAGUGACCCCGUUGAUUGUUGAAAAACCGCAAUAUUAUUGUUUUCCGAAUUAUGAAUUCAAGUACAUGCCUCCUGAUGACGGUGAUUAUGAAUUGUCAGUUAAAGUAAAUGGUGAGAAUGUCAGAGGCAGUCCAUUCAAAUGGAGCGUGCGACCAGAGAGUGAUCUGGUCAAAAUGUUUGAGAAGCCUUCCAAAUCUCUCUUACUGUUAAAGAAGGAACAUGUCGCUUGGAGAGUCAAAUUGCUUCGAGCAAGUUCUGAUUCUGAGCUUGGAGUAGAUCAUAAAUCAAGUGAGGGUCGGCAGAUUUGGGGUCAGUCUUGGAUGGAAAAAUUAAUGGCUAAUGAGCCAAAUUAUUUCAUUUAUUAUAAAGGUUAUGAAUGGAAGGAUGGUGACGUGUUUGGUGUCUAUCUAAGCAGGGAUGGGCAGAACGCAAGAAUGAUCAUUAAUAAUGAGCGCACAGAACGGAGGAAUAUAUUCAGUGGAAUCAACUUUCCCGUUUGCUUAUAUACCCAUGGUGAGUGGUAUCCACAGUUCGGGAAAUAGAGGAACAAUCUGAACCCUGAACUGUGCUUUACAUGAUUUGUGGCAUCUAACCCAUUACAGGUUUUGUAGGAUGGUACGAAUUAAAUGCUGCGAUAUAUGCUAAAAGCCAUACUGUACUAGGCCACACCUCGGCAGUAGCGGAUCUAGGGGGAGGGUUUAGGGGGUUUAACCCCCCUUUGGGCUGCUAGAAAGCCAUAUGUAACAAAAAAAAUCACCCCCUCCCCCCUUUGUCAUUGAGCCAAACCCCCCCUUUAGCGAAAAGCUAGAUCCACCCCUGCUCUGUUUACAUUAUACAUUAUUAAACCUUAAAAUCUAAAAA